AUGCACGUAACUCAAAUACCUUUUCGCACCAGCAAGGAAAACUCUGAACUCAACUUUAAAGGAGUUAGUGACGAUACUCCAGUGGAUGAGACUGUAGAAAUUUGUUUUUAUUGUGAAGUGUUUCGUGAGCUGAACAUCCUGGUUGACAGUCAGGUCCUUGUGGGUAGAAGGGAUGCAGAUAGUAAGUACACAAUUCUGGAAGCCUACAGGCGUAGAAAACACGAAGAACUCGUCGUUUCGGAGCUGGGGUACUGGGAGAGGUCAACUGCCGUCGUCUGGAAAGCUGUCCGUGAAGUAGCGGUAAGGAGGCUCAACCUGAAGCGCACAAAGGUGGUGGCAUCCAUAGUGGUCACCAACCCAGAGACGCUAGAUCACCUUAAUGACCUUCACAACAGGCAUAUCGAUACAGUCACUAAGCUCAACUACCUUCUCCUCUUGCACGCAACUGACGUUUUGAAUGCUAGCCUGGAGCUGAUGGUGGCGACCGAGUGGGGCUAUGAGAACAACGGGUCGUGGAGCGGCAUGGUGGGCAGCCUGCAGCGGUCAGAGGCCGACGUGGGCGGCACGGCGCUCUUCGUCACGGCGGACCGCAUGCGGCUCAUCGACUACAUCGCCAUGACCACGCCCUCCGUGGCGGCGUUCGUGUUCCGGCAGCCGCCGCUGUCGCUGGUGAGCAACCUGUUCACGCUGCCCUUCAGCCGCGCCGUGUGGGCCUCGGCGGCAGCGCUGGUGGCGAUGUGCGCCGCCCUGCUGCUGGCCGCCACCCGCUGGGAGUGGCACCGCGGAGACCCGCAGCUCACGUGGGGCGAGGUCGCCAUGCUCGCCGUGGGCGCCGUCUGCCAGCAGGGUUCGCCAGCAGAGAGCCGCGGCGUGCCGGGCCGCAUCGUGACGCUGUCCCUGCUGGUGACGGUGAUGUUCCUGUACACCUCCUACUCGGCCAGCAUCGUCGUGCUGCUGCAGUCCACCACCACCUCCAUCCGGACGCUCGCCGACCUGCUCUACAGCCCGCUCGGGCUCGGCGUCCACGACAUUGUCUACAACAGGCACUUCUUCCCGGCAGCAGAUGAACCGGUGCGGCGCGCGCUGUACCGGCAGAAGGUGGCGCCCCCGGGCUCCGAACCGCACUUCAUGACGCUGGAGGAGGGCGUGCGGCGCUUGCGCACCGAGCCGUUCGCCUUCCACUCGGAGCUGAGCCCCGCCUGGCAGCUGGUGCAGGAGACGUUCCGCGAGGAGGAGAAGUGUGGCCUGCAGGCCAUCCCCUUCCUGCAGCUCAUACACCCCUACAUCGCCGUGCAGAAGAACGGCGCCUACAAGGAGAUGUUCAAGAUAGCGUACCGGCGCAUCUGGGAGUGCGGCCUGCAGCACCGCCAGCUGUCCCGACUGUACACGACGCGGAAGCCUCGCUGCGCCGCCGGCCGCGGCAGCAGCUUCGUGUCGGUGGGCAUCGCCGACUGCUACCCUGCGCUGCUCGUGCCCGUCUACGGCGUCGCCUUCGCCGUCGUCGCCCUCUUGCUCGAGAUACUAUUCCACCGCAGGUACGUUGCUCCUCCUUGA